GCCAUGGACGCCGCUCGGAGUCGGGACGGGGCCGCCGCUGCACCCGAGAGGAGACCGGAAUGCGCGCGCAGCCGGCGGGAAGCGGACGGGCUUGGGUUGGCAGCUCUUCUGAGAGGGGCCCGGUGGAGCCGGGUGAUGCUCGUGCUCUGCGUGGGUCUGCUGAGCGCCUCGGCGAAGGGUCAGAACUGCAGUUACACACUACACAGUCCCAACGGGACGAUAGAAAGCCCCGGCUACCCGUACGGCUAUCCCAAUUACGCCAACUGCACGUGGGUGAUUGUAGCGGCCGAGCACAAUCGGAUACAGCUGGUGUUUCUCGGCUUCGCCCUGGAGGAGGACUUUGACAUCCUGUCCGUUUACGACGGGCCACCCAGUCCGGGGAACCUGCGGACAAGGUUAACGGGGUUCCAGCUGCCGUCGCCUAUCGUAAGCACCGGCUCCCGGCUCACUUUGUGGCUGCUAUCGGACUACGCGGUGAGCGGCCAGGGAUUUAAAGCCUCCUAUGAAGCUCUGCCCAGCUACACGUGCGGCAACCCCGGGCUGCUAGUCAACGGGCUGCAGCAAGGCUCCACGUUCAACAUCGGGGACAAAAUACGCUACAGCUGCAACCCGGGCCACGUGUUGGAGGGUCACACCACGCUGUCCUGCCUCGCCACGUCAGCCGGGACCGCAGCGUGGGAUUUCCCCUUGCCCUACUGCAGAGCGGACGACGGGUGCGGAGGUACCCUCCGAGGCCAGAGCGGCGUGAUCACCACUCCCAACUACCCGGCCGAGUACAACAACCACGCCGACUGCACGUGGACCGUGCUGGCCGAGCCGGGGGACACCAUCGCCCUGGUCUUCUCCGACUUCCAGCUGGAGGACGACUACGACCUGCUGGAGGUCGGCGGCACGGAGAGUUCGUCGCAGUGGUUCACCGGCCCCAACCUGCCCUCCCCCAUCAUUAGCAGCAAGAACUGGCUUCGUCUGCACUUUACCUCGGACGGCAACCACAAGAUGAAAGGUUUCAGUGCUCAGUACCAAGUAAAGAAGAUGACUGAGCUGAAGUCUCGAGGCGUGAAGAUGCUGCCGAGCAAAGACAACUUCCACAAGAUAUCCGUGUUGUCUCAAAUGGGUGUGGCACAAGGACACAACAUGUGUCCAGACCCUGGCAUCCCAGAUCGGGGCAAAAGAAAAGGUUCUGACUUCAGGCGCGGCGCCACGGUGCAUUUCUCCUGCGACGAGGGCUACGAGCUGCAGGGCUCCAAGAGCAUCAGCUGUCUGCGAGUGACUGACAGCUACGUGGGCUGGAGUGACGAGCGGCCCAUCUGCAGAGCCCCAAUGUGCGGAGGUCAACUGAAAGGACCCGGCGGUGUCAUCACAUCCCCAAACUACCCGGUCCAGUACGACAACAACGCCAACUGCACCUGGGUCAUCACCACCACAGACCUAUCCAAGGUGAUCAAGCUGACUUUUGAGGACUUUGACCUGGAGCGAGGCUACGACACGCUGACCGUGGGGGACGGCGAGGCGGUGGGGGACCAGAAGACGGUCUUUCAUGUCUUGUCGGGCACCAACACCCCAGACCUGGUGGUCAGCACCAGUCACCAGAUGUGGCUCAACUUCAAAACGGACGACACCAGCGGCUCUCUGGGCUUCAAGGUGUCAUACGCAGAGAUCGAGCAAGGCAGCUGCGGCGACCCCGGCGUCCCCGCUUACGGCAAACGAGAGGGGACGGGCUUCCGCCACGGGGACAGACUGUACUUUGAGUGCCUGCCUGCCUUCGAGCUGGUGGGCAAGAAGAACAUCACCUGCCAGAAGAACAACCAGUGGUCUGCCAAGAAGCCCAGCUGCGUGUUUUCCUGUUUCUUCAACUUCACCACACCCUCCGGGGUGCUGCUGUCCCCAAACUACCCGCAAGAGUACGGCAACAACAUGCACUGCGUCUGGCUGAUCAUAACCAACCCCGAAAGCCGAAUAAACCUGGCCUUCAACGACCUGAGCAUGGAGAAACAGUUCGACUUCCUCUCUAUUAAGGACGGGGGCAAGGCCGAGUCUCCCAUAUUGGGCACCUUCUCCGGGGAGGUUCUCCCUCCUCCGAUAACAACCAGUGCCCAUGUGGCACGCCUGGAGUUCUUGACCGACCACACCUACACGAAUCGAGGCUUUAACAUCACCUUUACCACGUUUCGCCACAACGAGUGCCCCGACCCGGGAGUCCCGGUGAACGGGAAGCGCUUCGGGCAAAGUCUUCAACUGGGAAGUUCCAUCUCCUUCCUGUGCGAGGAGGGCUUCGUCAAGACCCACGGCUCCCAGACCGUGUCCUGCAUCCUGAAGGAUGGCAACGUGGUGUGGGACAACGCUGUGCCACGCUGUGAAGCCCCCUGUGGGGGAGAUCUGAAGGCUCCCAGCGGGAUCAUCCUCUCUCCUGGCUGGCCGGAACUCUACAAGGAGGCCCUUAACUGUGAAUGGAUCAUUGAAGCUCCUCCAGGCUACCCCAUCAAGAUCAUCUUCGACAAGUUCCGCACGGAGGUCAACUAUGAUGUCCUGGAGGUCCGCGAUGGCCGUUUUCCUUCGUCGCCGCUGAUUGGAAGCUACCAAGGCACCCAGGUUCCUCAGUUCCUCAUCAGCACUUCCAGCUUCUUGUACCUCCUCUUCUCCACCGACAAGAGCCACUCAGACAUUGGCUUCCGAAUACGAUACGAAACCUUGCAGCUCCAAUCGGAUCACUGUGUGGACCCUGGCAUACCCGUCAACGGACAGCGGCACGGCAACGACUUCUACGUGGGCGCCCUGGUGACCUUCAGCUGCGAGGCGGGCUACACGCUCAGCGACCCGGAGCCCCUCGAAUGUGAACCCAAUUUCCAGUGGAGCCGCCCCCUGCCGAGCUGCGAUGCCCAGUGUGGAGGGUACAUCCAGGGCAACCUGGGCACCAUCCUGUCUCCGGGCUUCCCAGACUUCUACCCGCACAACCUCAACUGCACUUGGAUCAUCGAGACCUCCCAUGGCAAAGGCGUCCAGUUCACCUUCCACACCUUCCAUCUGGAGAGCCCUCACGACCACUUGCUGGUGACGGAGAACGGCAGCUUCUCUCAGCCGCUGUGGAGACUGACGGGCUCCACACUGCCCCCGCCUCUGAGCGCGGGCCUGUUCGGGAACUACACGGCUCAGAUCCGCUUCCUGUCCGACUUCUCCGUCUCCUACGAGGGCUUCAACAUCACUUUCUCUGAGUAUGAUCUGGAGCCGUGUGAAGACCCAGGGAUCCCGCCCUACAGCACCAGAAAGGGUCUCCAGUACGGGGUGGGAGAUGCGCUCAUCUUCUCCUGUUUCCCGGGUUACCGACUGGAGGGUCCUGCCAGGGUGCUGUGCUUGGGGGGCAGGAGGCGGGUGUGGAGCUCCCCUCUGCCAAGGUGUGUGGCUGAAUGCGGCUCCUCCGUGACGGGCAUGCAGGGGGUGCUGCUCUCCCCCAACUAUCCCGGUUACUAUGGCAACAACCACGAGUGCAUCUACUCCAUCCAGACGCAGCCGGGGAAAGGCAUCCAGCUCCGGGCUCGAGACUUCCGAUUGGAGGAGGACGACAUGCUGAAAGUUUUUGACGGCAGCAGCAACUCGGCCCGUCUGCUCGGCAUGUUUACGGACGGCGAGAUGCUGGAGGCCACUCUAAACUCCACGUCCAGCUCCAUGUGGCUGGAGUUCAUCACCAACGCCGACAACGUCAGCAAGGGCUUCGAGCUCCACUUCACCAGCUUUGAGCUGGUCAGGUGCGAGGACCCGGGCGUGCCACGCUUCGGCUACAAGCGAGAGGACAAGGGCCACUUCGCAGGGAGCAGCGUGUCGUACAGCUGUGACCCCGGCUACACCCUCAAGGGCCCGGAGGUGCUCACCUGCCUGAGGGGCGAGAGGCGGGCGUGGGACAAGCCCCUCCCACUCUGUGUCGCUGAAUGCGGGGGCACCAUCAAGGAAGAGCCCACCGGUCGGAUCCUGUCUCCAGGCUACCCGGCACCGUACGAACACAACCUGCACUGCGUGUGGAGCGUGGAGGCGGCGCCAGGAAGCACCAUCAGUCUGCAUUUCCUGGUUUUCCACACGGAGGAGAUCCACGACGUGCUUCGCAUCUGGGACGGUCCCCAGGACGGAGGCGUGCUUCUGAGGGAGCUGAGCGGCUCCACGGUGCCGCCCGACGCCCACAGCACCUUCAACACCAUCAGCCUGCAGUUCACCACCGACUUCUUCACCAGCAAGCAGGGCUUCGCUCUGCAGUUCUCCGUCUCCACCGCCACCUCGUGCAAUGACCCCGGCUUGCCGACUAAUGGGACCCGCAGCGGGGACAGCAGGGAGCCCGGGGACCGUGUGGUGUUCCAGUGUGACCCGGGCUACGUCCUGCAGGGCGCCGACAGGAUCGCCUGCACCGAGAUCAACGGUCGCUACUUCUGGCAGCCGGACCCUCCCACCUGCUCAGCUCCGUGCGGAGGCAACUUGAGCGGUCCGAGCGGACUGAUCCUCUCCCCGGAUUAUCCUGAACCGUACCCUCACGGGCGGGAGUGCGACUGGACGGUCAGCGUCACCGAGGACUACGUCAUCGCCCUCAGCUUCAACCAAUUCAGCUUGGAGCCCAGCUACGACUUCCUGCAUAUCUAUGACGGACCAGACUCCCUCAGCCCUUUGCUGGGAAGCUUCUACGGCACGGACGUGCCCGAUCGGAUCGAGAGCAGCUCCAACACGCUCUUCCUGGCCUUCCGCAGCGACGCCUCGCUCAGCAGCAACGGAUUCGUGCUUCAGUAUCGAGAGAACCCCCGGGAGUCUUGCUUCGAGCCGGGGCUGCUGCGGAACGGGACGCGGGUGGGCACCGAACUCAAGCUGGGCUCCGGCGUCACCUACCACUGCGACAGCGGCUACACGCUGGAGGGGGAUCAAACCCUCACGUGCAUCAUGGGAGAGGAUGGCAAGCCCAGCUGGAACAAAGACAAACCCAUCUGCACUGCGCCGUGCGGUGGGCAGUACUCGGGUCAGGAAGGAGUGGUCCUGUCGCCCGGUUACCCCGGCAACUACAGCAAUGCGAGGACCUGCCUGUACGCCGUGGUGGUUCCCAAGGAUUACGUGGUGUUCAGCCAGUUCGCCUUCUUCCAGACCGCUCUGAACGACGUGGUGGAGGUUUUCGAUGGACCCACUCAGUCCUCCCGGGUCCUAAGUUCCCUGUCUGGAACGCACACAGGCGAGUCGCUGCCGCUGGCGACCACCAACCAAAUCCUGAUACGCUUCACCUCCAGAGGCCAGUCCAGCUCCAGGGGAUUCCACCUGGUCUACCAAGCUGUGCCACGGACCAGUGCCACGCAGUGCAGUUCGGUCCCAGAGCCCCGGAAUGGUCGACGGAUGGGCAACAACUUUGCGGUUGGCGCCGUCAUCCGCUUUGAGUGCAGCCCAGGUUAUGUGCUGGAGGGACCGAGCGCCAUUGAAUGCCUGACAGUACCCAACGCCUUGGCACAGUGGAACAGCUCCAUCCCCAGCUGCAUAGUUCCGUGUGGGGCCAAUCUCACUUUUCGCACCGGGACCAUUUUGUCUCCUGGGUUUCCAGAGCCUUACCUCAACAGCCUCAACUGUGUCUGGAAGAUUACCGUUCCAGAGGGAUCGGGAAUCCAGAUCCAGGUCAUCAGCUUUGUCACAGAACAGAACUGGGACUCGUUGGAGGUGUUUGACGGGGGUGACAACACUGACACCAUGCUGGGCAGUUUCUCAGGCACUACGGUUCCAGCUCUCCUCAACAGUACGUCCAACCAACUCUACCUGCACUUUUUCUCCGAUAUCAGCGUGUCCGCCGCUGGAUUCAGGCUGGAGUACAAAACGGUGUCUCUCACCAACUGUCCUGAACCAGUGGUUCCUAUGAACGGCAUCAAGGUCGGGGAGCGUCUUCAGAUGAACAACGUGGUGUCCUUUCAGUGUGAACCUGGAUACACUCUGCAGGGGAGCUCACACAUCACCUGCAUGCCCGGAACUGUCCGACGAUGGAACUACCCGCCGCCUCUCUGCAUCGCCCAGUGUGGAGGCAUCCGGGAGGAGAUGGAGGGCAUGAUACUCAGCCCUGGUUUCCCUGGCAACUACCCCAGCAACAGUGACUGCACAUGGAGGGUCUACCUGCCAGUUGGUUAUGGAGCCCACGUACAGUUUCUCAACUUCUCCACCGAAGCCAACCACGAUUUCCUGGAAAUACGCAACGGGCCGCUGGACACGAGCGCCAUCAUGGGCCGAUUCAGCGGGCAGGACGUCCCCCCUUCGCUGCUCACCACCUCGCACGAGACAAGCGUCUAUUUCCACAGUGACCAUUCGCAGAACAAACCGGGGUUCAGGUUCGAGUACCAAGCUUAUGAACUCCAAGAGUGCCCUGAUCCAGAGCCUUUCCACUAUGGGGUGGUGGUAGGUGCCGGCUACAACGUGGGUCAGUCCAUAUCCUUCGAGUGUCUGCCUGGAUACAAGCUGGUCGGACAUUCCAUCCUGACCUGCCAACACGGAACGACUCGCAAUUGGGACCACCCGUUCCCCCGCUGUGAAGUACCUUGUGGUGGAAACAUCACAUCGGAAAACGGAACCGUCUUCUCCCCACGGUACCCAGAAGACUACCUCAACUCGGCUGACUGCACCUGGUUGAUCACCGUUGCUCCUGGCUUUGGGAUCAAGCUCAACUUCACCUUGCUUCAUGUUCACGGGCCCCACGACUUUAUAACAGUCUGGGACGGUCCACAAGAAACGGCAAGGAAACUUGGCGUGUUCACCGAUGGUGAGCCCAAUGAACCACCCAGCAGCACAUCCAAUCAGGUGCUGAUCCGUUUCCGUAGUAACACAGAGAAAGGUGGAUUGUUUCGUAUUGACUUUCAAGCUUACAGGCUUCAGUUCUGUCUACCUCCGACCAUAAUUCCAAAUGCAGAGAUCCUGAUGGCAAGCAAAGAGUUUAAAAUAGGUGACAUUGUACGCUACAGGUGCUUUCCCGGCUACCAUCUCAGCGGCAACGACAUCCUCACGUGUCGCUUGGGGACAUACUUGGAGUUCCAGGGGCCUCCACCUUCAUGUGAUGUGACCUGUCCCAUGAACGAGCUGCUGACGGCGUCCACGGGCGUCAUCAUGAGCCAGUCGCCGGGCACGGGCUUCCCUCACUUCGAGUCCUGCUCCUGGCUGGUCCGAGUGGAGGCCGGCUACAACGUCACCUUCACCAUCGAGCACUUCCAGACCAGCCGGCAGUUUGACGAGCUGGAGGUCUUUGACGGCCCGUCAAGACAGAGUCCACUCCUGAUCACGCUCAGUGGAAACUACUCCAGCCCACUCAGCAUCACCAGCUCCUCCAACCGAGUCUACCUGCACUGGUCCUUCGACCACACCACCAGCCACAAGGGCUUCCGGAUACGCUACUCAGCGGCCUAUUGCAGCCCGCCGAGCGGCCCGGUCAACGGCACGGUGCACAGUCUGACGGGCACCAAGUUGGGGAGCACGCUGCGCUUCAGCUGUGACCAGGGCUUCCGACUGGUCGGCCAGAGCAGCGCCGCCUGCACCAGGACCGCGCAGGGGAUCUACCAGUGGAACGCACCGGUGCCGCUCUGUCAAGUCAUGUCCUGCGGCAUGCCAGUCCCUCCUGUCAACGGCAGCAUCGUGGGCCAGGACUUCUCCCUGGGAGCCAGGGCUUCAUACCGCUGCAACCCGGGAUUCCGUCUUGCCGGGCCGGUCACCACGACGGUGGUCUGCCAAGAAUCCGGGCGGUGGAGCCCCAUCGAAGCCCCGCCACGAUGUGUCCCGGUGACCUGCCCUGACAUCGGCCACUCUGCAGUGGACCACGGACGAUGGAGAUUGAUCUAUGGACGACAGAACCAAUAUGACACCAUUAUGAUGCUCAUAUGUGACCCGGGGUAUUACUACCGGGGUCAGCGGGUCAUACAGUGCCAGGCCAACAGCACUUGGAACUACCCAGACCCCCGACCAGUCUGUGACAUCAUCUCCUGCGGGGACCUCGGGACUCCACCCAACGGUCACAAGAUAGGAACGCUGACGGUGUACGGCGCCACGGCCAUUUUUUCCUGCAACACGGGCUACACUCUCGUUGGCUCCCGUGUGCGAGAGUGCAUGUCCAACGGACUUUGGAGCGGAACACGGGUCCAGUGUCUGGCCGGCCACUGCGGCACCCCGGAGCCCAUUGUGAACGGGCAGAUCAACGGGGAGAACUACAACUAUCGAGGGAGUGUGGUGUACCAGUGUAACCCAGGGUUCCGUCUCAUCGGGGUGUCUGUGCGGAUCUGUGAACAGGAUCACCGCUGGUCAGGCCAAACCCCCGUCUGUGUCCCCAUCACGUGUGGUCACCCGGGUAACCCCACCUUUGGUAUGACCCAAGGAUCCCAGUUCAGCCUGAAUGAUGUGGUCCGUUUUAUCUGCAACACCGGGUAUGUUCUCCUUGGGGCCGUUAAGUCCACAUGCCAGGCCAACGGACAGUGGAGUAGUGCUCUGCCUCGUUGUAAAAUUGUGAACUGCACAGACCCGGGUCAUGUGGAGAACAGUGUCAGGCAGAUCUUAACCAGUGGACCACAUCGCUUCAGCUUCCAGACCACGGUGUCAUACCGAUGCAACCCGGGCUACUACCAACUGGGAACCAGCUCCAUCUCCUGUCAAGGCGACGGGACCUGGGACCGCUCCCUACCCAAGUGCCUUUUGGUGUUGUGCGACCGCCCCAGCAUCCCCCCCUACGCCCAGAUCUCAGGCGACCGUCGGACCGUGGGCUCGGUCAUCCGCCACAGCUGCAUCGGCCAGCGCGCCAUCGUCGGCAACACCACGCGCAUGUGCCAGCUGGACGCGCAAUGGAGCGGCUCGCCGCCGCACUGCUCAGGAGACGCUGCAGGCCUGUGUGGGGACCCGGGGGUCCCCGUGCACGGCAUCCGCCUGGGGGAGCAGUUCAGUGUGGGCAGUGUGGUGCGCUUCAGCUGUGAGCCAGGCUACAUGCUGAAAGGGUCGCCUGAGAGAAGCUGCCUGGCCAAUGGGACCUGGCUGGGGACUCAACCUGAGUGCCACGUAAUAUCCUGUGGAAACCCUGGAACUCCUCGCAAUGCCCAGAUCCUGGUCCACGACGGCCUCACCUUUUCCCGGUCCAUUACGUACGCCUGCAGGGAGGGCUACUACUCCACCGGCCUGCUCACCCGCCACUGCACCAUAAACGGCACCUGGACCGGCAACAUGCCCGAGUGCUCGGAAAUCCACUGCGGGGACCCUGGCGUGCCCGCCAAUGGGGUGAGGUCCGGGAACGAUUUUACCUUCAGCCAUACCGUUAGUUUCCAGUGUUCUCCUGGCUUCACCAUGGACGCCGAUCGCGCCUCCACCCUCGUCUGCACCAAGGACCGCACCUGGAACGCCACCAAACCUCUUUGCAAAGCGAUCGUGUGUGGCUCGCCGCCAGUCAUCCCUAAUGGACAGGUGGUGGGUACCGACUUCAACUGGGGCUCCAGCAUCAGCUACUCCUGUUACCAAGGUUACCAGCUGUCUCUGCCCACGGUGCUAACUUGCCAAGGCAACGGCAACUGGAGCGGGGAGAAACCACAGUGCUUCCCUGUUUUCUGCGGAGACCCUGGCUUGCCCGCCCACGGGAGAAGGGAGGACCGAGGCUUUACUUACCGAUCCUCCAUCUCCUUUUCCUGCUAUUCUCCCUUCAUCCUGGUCGGCUCCGCUAACAGGUACUGCCAGGAUGACGGCACCUGGAGCGGAACGCAGCCCUCCUGCAUAGACCCCACACACACCACCUGCAUAGACCCAAGCACUCCUCUCUUCGGUCAUCAGAACAACAGUCAAGGCUAUCAGAUCAGCGGCACGGUGUUCUUCAGCUGCAGGAAAGGCUACCUGCUGCAGGGCUCCGUCUCCCGGACUUGCCUGCCCAACCUCACUUGGAGCGGUUUUCAGCCCGAGUGCAUCGCUCACCACUGCAGCCAGCCGGAGCUGCCGGCCCAGUCGGACGUGCGGGCUAUUGAACUGCCAUCCCUGGGCUACACACUGAUCUACACCUGCCAGCCCGGGUUCUACUUGGCUGGAGGAUCAGAGCACAGGACCUGCAAGUCCGACGGGAGCUGGACCGGGAAGCCACCUCUCUGUGCAGCCGAUAACCGUCCGAGUGGUAAGAGCCCAGUGGGAACCGUGCAAGAACCUCCUUCCAAAUUACCGGUCCCAGGCGGUGUGUUUGCCAAGAACUCUCUCUGGCGGGGCUCCUACGAGUACUUGGGGAAGAAGCAGCCGGCCAUGCUCAGCAUCACCGCCUUCGAGCCCUUCAGCAACCGCGUGAACGGAACACUCCUGGACCAGAGCGGCGUGGAGCUCAAACUGGCCGGUACAUACAAGAGAGAAGAAGCCCAGCUGCUACUCCAGGUCCACCAGAUCCGAGGCCCCGUGGAGAUCUUCGUCAACAAGUUCAAACUGGACAACUGGGCCCUGGAUGGACACGUGUCCUACAUCUCUUCCUCCAACUCCUUUGUGUACCAAGGAUUUGUCCGUGGGAAAGGCUUUGGACAGUUUGGUCUCCAGAGACUGGAGAACUUAGAUCCCAGCAGAGACAAAAGCGCCUACAACUUUGCGUCCAACAGCAGCUCCGUGGCCGCCGCCAUCCUAGUGCCUUUCAUCGCCAUGAUCAUCGCCGGCUUUGCUCUGUACCUCUACAAACACAGAAGGAGACCCCGGGUCCCUUUCAACGGCUACGUGGGCCACGAGAACACCAACGGGCGGGCCACGUUCGAGAACCCCAUGUACGACCGCAACAUCCAGCCCACCGACAUCCUGGCCGGCGAGACGGAGUUCACAGUCAGCACCGUGUGCACGGCUGUAUAGGGACCGCCUCCUGCCAAGUCUCGGCAGGAGAGCUUUGCGCCAUCUUCAAGGAUGCUUCUCCAUAGUUCCUUGAGCAAGACGGCAAAACGACGACUCUUUUAGUCACUGGAAAUAAUUCAAGGACCGUCCGGCGACGCAACAACAAUGCUUUUUUGUGACUGGAGAGUUGUCAUCGCACCUCCAGGAAAUAACCGCACCUGAAACUGCGUUGAAGCUGUGACCGCUCUCCUCAUUGCCCUCAACCCAAAGGAAAUGUUGCAGUUAAGACGUGAACCUGCUGCUACCACAGAUCAGCGUGCAAGAGAAGCAUGGAAGGAAGUCCGUUUAAAAGAGCCACUUUUUGCCCCGUUGUUCGGUUGGAUUUCUUUCACCGCUUGCUUUCCGUAACGAGGAACUCUGUCCAUCCUCAUCCAUCUGCUCCUGAGGAUGGAUUUAAAAUGCAAUUUCAAGGCCAUGUUGGAGAGAACCGUUCAUUUCUACGUUUUGUUUUCUUUCUUAGCUUGCUGACAUUCUGCAUGCUGGGCAGUGGUGGCAAUUGUAGGGCUCAAGAAGACGCACUUAGUGAUGCAUUUUUGUUGAUAUGUCCACCCCUUACUUUAAUUUCUCCCGCAUAUGUCAAGUUGGAAUUGCCAGAAAACACAAUUUAAGAUAUUCAACACUCUACUGCCAUCCGGCGGCUAAAGUGGGUAUUGCAACCCCCCCUAAUUUGUCACGUUAAUGUGUCAGGUAAACCGC